UUGCUUUAGUGUUUGGGUGUUUGCCUAAUUUUCUUGUCUAGUACGCAACGACAGAAGUAAUGGAAAAGGUAGAGCAGAUCUUCGUUAUUUAAAAGAAAAGUUUCAGUGAAAAUGGCUUCUUUGCCUUCUCCAACUCAGGUUGCGGGGACUAACAUUAACAUUUAUGAAGCUUAUUAUAGUGUGGUUGACCCUAAUGGGUAUGGAACAGUAGGAGGGUUGGAAGCUGCCAGAUUCCUUAAAAGAUCAGGUCUCAGUGAUGUGAUUCUUUCAAGAAUAUGGGACCUGUCAGACCCAGGUGGAAGAGGUUCUUUAGAUAAGUCUGGUAUGUUUGUUGCUCUGAAACUAGUUGCUCUAGUUCAAAAUGGGAAAGAUUUGAAUUUAAGCAGUUUGAAUGAAGAUGUGCCUCCACCAAAAAUGGGGGACGUUCCAAUUCCAAAGACAAAACUUUCCCAGCCAUCACAAUUAAUAACUUCACUGCCCCCAUCAGCUGUGGACUGGACAAUUAAGCCCAGUGAAAGGGAAAAUUAUGACAAACUUUUUGAUUCUCUUCAACCACUUGAUGGUUUGAUUCCUGGCAAUAAGGUUAAAAAUGUUCUAAUGGAUUCCAAGUUACCAUUUGAUACCCUGGGUAAAAUAUGGGAUUUAGCUGACCAAGACAAAGAUGGGAUGUUAAAUAGACAUGAAUUUGUAGUUGCUAUGCAUUUAGUAUAUAAAGCUCUUGAAAAGUAUGCAAUCCCGAACACCCUCCCACCUGAGCUGAUGCAGCCUUUGAAGGAUAGUGAUGUUACUCCACUUACUAGGCAAGAUAUGGCUAAUCUGAGACCUGAAGUUCCUCCACCUCCAACAAGCCAAGCAGUAACAAAACCCAUUCAGUCAGUGGCGCCCACAGUUGGCUGGGUGGUAACUCCAGAAGAGAAAACAAAAUCAGAUGCACUUUUUCUUAAAAGUGAUGUUGACAAAGAUGGUUUUGUUUCUGGUGGUGAAAUUAAAGAUGUUUUCUUAAGAAGUGGUGUGCCACAGCAAGUUUUAGCCCAUAUUUGGUCAUUGUGUGAUAUAAAAGAAACAGGAAAAUUAAAUAAUGAGCAGUUUGCUUUGGCAAUGUGGUUUGUAGCACGAUCUCUCAAAGGAAUGGAUCCUCCACCUUCAUUGACACCAGAAAUGGUACCUCCUAGUUUCAGAUCAAUAAAAUCAACUGAUGGUGUUUUGGAAAACAAUAACACGAGAUACUCAAAUCCAGAAUUAGAUAUGAUAAGCAAAGAUAUAAAAGAGCUCUAUAAAGAGAAGCUCUCCCUCGAAACAGAUAUUGCACAGAAAGAAGCGGAGAUUAAAAUUAAGUCUGUUGAAAUUAGCAAUUUGCAGAGUGAGUAUAAUACUUUGGCAACGACGUUAAAACAGUUAGAGAACCAGAAAGGAGAAGCGCAAAAAAGACUGAAUGACCUAAAGACUCAGGUUGAUAAACUACGGACUCAGGCUCUAGAGCAAUCAAAAUUAGUUGAGAGUCAGGAAACUGAAUUAAAGACUAAAAAAGAACAAUUAGAAGGGCUCAAAUUAGAAGAACAACACUUGGAACAACAGAAAAAUGAUAGUUUGCAAAAAUUGGAAUCAAUGACUACAAAAUUACAAGAAACUCAACUUUACAUUAGCCAAGCAAAGGCACUGAUAACUCAACUACAAGAACAGACCAGACAAAUUAAUGAUGCAAUUACAUUGUGUGAUGUUGCAGUUAAUAACAAUAAUGCUGAUCAUGUACCAGACACUGUUUUACGAAUUAAACCAGAUUUCAAAGAAGCUGAACACAGCAAUUUUGGAAUAAAAACUGAGAAACAGAAUGGCUUUACUAGUGAUCCUUUUAGUUGUCAGAAUGGACCUACCAACAAUAGUUUUGGUACACCUAAAAAUGACCCGUUUAAACUACAGUCGUCCCAUAGUGAUGCUUUCAAUACCGCGUUUCAACCGGCAGUCACAGACGAAUUUGCAUCAGGUAAUUUUGAAACGAAUUUUUCUCCAUCCGAAAACGAUCCAUUUACUGCGUUUGACAGUGUGGAUAAAAAGUCUACCGUUGUCAAUGAGCACAAUAAGGACGCAUUUGGUUGUGACCCAUUUGCUGUCCUUCACGCACCUACAAGAGAUACAUCGACAGCGUCCUCACAUUCCACUGGUCCGCCUCCACGACCGUCUAGUCCAAGUCCCGCCUUGCCACCAAAGAAAAGUAAACAACCUCCACCGAGACCGGCACCUCCCCGACCUUCCCUGCCUCCAACUGUUAAAAAGCAACCAGAUCUUUUUGGUGGCGAUCCAUUUAAUGACAAUAUAGGUGGCAACGGAGGAUUUGCAGAUUUCUCUAAUUUUGAAUCCAAGUUUUCCUCAAAUGACUCAGUGCCCAGCAGUAAAGCUGCUUCUAUGGAAGUCCAACGCAAGGGGCUGGAUUUCACAGAUGAUCCAUUCCGUGACUACAGGUACGAAGAUCCAUCCCAUAUUUCCUUUGAUGAUGAAGAAACUGCACAUCAGAAACAAAAUGGGAAAUCCAGUUCUUUGAAUGAAUUUAAUAGUUUCACGAACGAUGCAACCAAGUUAGACGUUAGGUUUAAUUCAGUACACCUUGGUGGUAGACAGUCAGUACCACUCCCUAAGUCACCAGGUACUUUGCAAGUGUUUUUCUCUGAAGGUGGUCGCGCAUCAGCACCUCUUGGUUUGAACCUUCUCAGUGAAGAUCAGCAAAUCGCUUGGGCUGCAAAAGAAAGUUUAAAGGCUGAAGAGGAAAGACAGAAACAAAGACAAAAGGAAGAAGCUGAAUUAGAAUUGGCACUUAGUUUGAGUAAGAUUGACGUAAAGAAACGGUAGAUUUUUAAAGUGGCAAUAGGAAUAUGCAGUAUGUUUGGAAGGAAGCAAUUUUCAUCACCUUUGCGUUUUAAUAUAAUUAACUAAAAAAUCGUUCAUCGUUGUUUCCAAAUUACCCCUUAAAAUCUGCGUAAUCGCUAACUAUCGCUUUUGUGUAUUCUGCCGCGACAUUUGACUGUUCUAAAACAAUGUCUCUUUAAAUUUUAUGUAAAUUAUCUGACUUUGAAGUUAGAAACAUAUCAAUAAAUCAUUUUAAUAUGUUACCAGAACGAUGCGUCUAUUGUUAAUAAUGUUACUGAUGGAAAUCAUUUCUUUGUUAAAACGAAAUUUCACCUCAGGCCUGUGUUAAGUAAGAUAUUUCGCAUAAAAAAUGAUGAAGUUAAACAUGUUAAUAUUUUCAAUGUCGUAUAUAACAUAUUGUCAGCAAAUUUUGUAGCUUAAAUCUUUUUGAAUUAUAAUUUAUAAUAUCAUCGAAAUUUAACUCAGACCAAUUUAGUGUUUAAAGUUCUUGUUCUACCAAAAACUAUAUGACCACUUGAAAUGAUUUUUUGUUACAUUUAUUUAUGGCCUUGACUUUUUUUUUGGUUAAUACGUUACUAAUCUGUAUAUUUUGCUACAAAAUAUUUUUUUAUUUACAAUUUAUCAUUGCCAAGUUCUGCCACAAUCAAAGCCCGAGUUUAACUUUUUAGUUAAAUUAUGAUUGUUUUAUUUGUUAUGUUAUGUUUUAUGUGAAUUAUUUUAAACAGUCCUAUCCCUAAUUUUCGCUUUAUUCUGAUAUGAAAGAGCAGAAUUUUCUAGUUUAGUUUAGUUUCAAGUUCAAGAGGUCUUUUCUUGUAUUCUCUGUUGAUUUGAAUAUUUUGCAAAAAUGUUUUGUAUAUAAAAAGUUGUUACGUUCGUGAUCGAGAUUAUUUUCCAGUAUUUAUAUAUUAAAAUUAAAAAAUGUGAUUCUUCAAGAAUAUUUUUUUCAGCUGUAUCCUGUACAUACUAAUUUGUGUCAAAUAUAUGAGAUGAUAUUAUGUUAUUUAAGUGUUAUUUUUUUUUUACUUUUUGGAAAGUGAUAUUUCUGUAAAUAUGUAGUUGUUACUGGUGUUUAGUGAAGUUUUGCUGGUUUAGAGAAUCAAUUCGACAAUAUUGUGGUAGUAUUAGCUGUAUAUUUUUUUGUUUUUGCCUGUUUCUCAAUCUAAAUACCUGCAAUACAAACAUUUAUUGUUACUGAUAGUAUUAUUACCAUUUAAUGCGAAAAAAACAAAUUAAGGGUAAAUUAGUGCAAAUUAGCCCUUUAUUAAAUGGUAUGGCGGUCCAGCAGGAUCGUCUUAAUCUUAUGUUACAGUAAUAAUUGUAGAAGCCCAUAAUCGCAUAAAAAGAGUUAUACAAAUUUAACAGGUACAGGAUAAAGAUUAUGAAGUGAUAAUGAAAAAAAAAAGGUGGUGAAACUUCCACGCUCAAACACACAAUUUUAAUUUAUUCAUGAUUGGCGUACGGGGUGACAAAUAUAACGCAUAAC